GAAGCAUUCAGCAGGUUUUGUCUUUUUGAGUAUGAUCUUCGUCACCACCACUGUGCUUGUCUCUUCCCGCUCUCCGACACCUGUCGACUAAUCCACGCCCCAAGGAAUAAGGGAACCCUCAUCGUCGCCGAUUCUCUCUCUCUAUCUGUCGCAUUACAUUCCAAUUAUGAGAGAGAGGGAGCACAAUUAAGAAUAGUUGAGAUGCGUACUCCCCAGACGACGUGUUAGAUGCAUGCAGCUCGGGCGUCAGCCAGCCUCCAUGUGAUUGAUCCAUUGAUUGAUUUUACUUCCGUAUCUCAAGGACUGCAAAAGAGCUGCUCGAUAUUUAAUUAAAGCGGGGCCAAGCGGGGGAGGGGAUUUCAGUUUGUUGUUUAUUUGCUACGUGUCCGAUUGAUUGAUUGAUUAGGGGACCAGAGAUGGCGACGGAGAAGCGGGACGCGGAGGAUCUCGAUCUGGAGGACGGCGAGUCCGAUGACGAGGGGAGUGGAAUCGACGAAGAAGAAGACGAUGAUGGCACCGGCUCCGUCGACAAUGACGGCGCCGGAGUUUCGAGAUUUUCUUCCUCCGUUUCGCAGCAAUGGCCGCAGAGCUUCAGAGAGACUACUGAUUAUUUAUCAAUAGCUGCGGCACCAAACUUUGGGUCGAUUAUCCCCGUAUCAGGCAUGGGUGGCUCUAUCUUUGGUUCAAGGCUCGGUUCAAUAUUUAACAGCCAAAAUUUCUCGGAAGUAUCUGGAAGGGUACCCUUGCUUAGCAGUGACAUUAAGAAAGGGCAUUGGCGAGAAGAGUUUGAUAGAAUGAGGACACUGUCGACAAUGUCUAAUAGGAGUAAUAUACGUAAGCAGAUAACUGGAGAAUUGCCGCUAAGCUAUGGCUGUAACUUAGUCCAGACUAUAUUCAAUGGUGUUAAUGUUAUGGCUGGUGUUGGACUUCUUUCCAUGCCAUAUACAUUGAAACAGGGUGGUUGGAUAAGCUUGCUUGUUCUUAUUAUGUUUGGUUUGGUCUGUUGUUACACUGCAACCCUUAUGAUUCGCUGUUUCGAAAGCACCCAAGGGAUAAUGACGUUUCCUGAUAUGGGAGAAGCAGCAUUUGGGAAAUGGGGACGCUUUUUAAUUUCUAUCAUAUUAUACUCAGAACUAUAUUGCUCUUGUGUGGAAUAUAUCAACUUGGAAGGGGACAACCUUUCUACUAUAUUUCCUGGAACAUCACUCAAUAUGUUUGGCUUUGAAUUGGAUUCCAAUCAUUUGUUUGCAAUUCUCGUUGCGAUCAUCAUUUUACCAACGUGCUUGUUAAAAGAUUUGCGCCUGAUUUCUUACCUCUCAGCGAGUGGUGUCAUUACAACAGUAUUGAUAGUUCUUUGUAUACUCUAUGUUGGCACCAUUGGCGGAGUUGGAUUUCAUCACAGUGCUAAGGUAGUAAAAUUGGAAGGCAUACCUUUUGCCCUCGGCGUCUAUGGCUACUGCUACUCAGGCCACUCUGUAUUUCCAAACAUUUAUCAGUCGAUGGCUGAUAAAAGACAAUUUCCCAAGGCUCUAGUAGCAAGUUUCCUUAUAUGUGUCUCCCUUUACGGUGGUGCUGCAAUUAUGGGCAUCCUCAUGUUUGGCGAUGAUACAAAGUCCCAAAUUACUCUAAAUUUACCCCCAAAUACCAUUGGUUCUCAAGUUGCGAUAUGGACAACAAUCAUCAACCCGCUCACCAAAUAUUCGUUGUUGAUGAAUCCUCUCGCCAGAAGUUUGGAAGAGUUGUUGCCUUCUCACUUGGCUAACAAUUACUCAUGUUUUGUUCUCAUUCGGGUAGCACUUGUUGCUUCUUCUGUCCUUGUUGCAUUCGUCAUUCCAUUUUUUGGACUUUUGAUGUCGCUAAUUGGUUCUCUCUUCAGUAUUCUCAUGGCUGUAAUAAUGCCGGCAUUAUGCUUCCUGAGAAUUAUCGGCAAGAAUGCCACCCCAGUGCAGACUUCACUGAGCAUCGGAAUUGUGGCGUUGGGCACGGUGAGCGCCGUGCUGGGAAUUUACAGCUCAGUCUUGGAUCUCUUUCGAAAGUACUAAACACUAAUUAACUUUAUCGAUUAUUAUUACGAUUGGAAUCUAAAAGAGCAUUGACUGGUGAGGUGAGUUAUUGAAACCCAGAAAGAAACGAACACACCACAUUAUUUUUAUUGUAGCAUCUUGGAUUCGUAUGUUGUUAUUUGAUUCUUGGAGGUAUGUCACCUAUUAUUUCAUGAUGUAUUUUUCAUUAAGAGUUCUUGCUAUAUUUAUUUAUUUAUUUAUUUAUCCGUUAUCCGAAAGUGCG